UGAGAUCUUAGAGGAUGAACAGGCUUUGAGGAGACUUCAGGAAAAGUCUUUGAAUUGGGCAAGUUUGCUUUGCACAGACCACGGAUAAUGCCCAUUUAAACACUGGAUCAUAACAUUGCAUAGGAUUAUCUGUCUGUGGAUAUACUUUAAACUCUUUGUCUUUAACGGAAUUAGCAGCUUACACACGGACCACUGUUCAAUGGGACCCAGAGGACAAGUAGGGAGCUUGUCUAUUUGUCUUUGUGAUCUAACAAUUUACAUCCAACUUUUACUGGAACCAGUCAAGUUUUAAUUGACUACCAUUUAGUACAAUUUUAAGUCUAUAUUCCAAUAACAUUAUCACUGGAUACAAAAACAACACAUUUUUAUUGUAAAAAGUUGGAUGUAUUUAAAGAAAACUUAAGUGUAUUAAGGUCCAAGUGGUGUAACGUAGGCUAUAACAAGAGUUUUCCAAAGUGAAAAAAACGAAUUCCGCGCUCUCCAGGCAAAAUGAUCUUUGCGUCAUUGCUUAUCGCACUUGGCUACAUGACGAGCUUUGCGCGAGGAUGCCAACUGCCCACCGAGUGGCGUCCACUAAGUGAGGGAUGCCGCGCGGAGCUAGCUGAGAUAAUCGUAUACGCGAAGGUUCUGGCCAUUCACCGGGAACAGUAUGGCGGGGCAGAGGGCCUCUACAAUUCCCUGCCGUUCCCGUUUGGGUACGGCUACGAGGGUGCAGAGAAAGGGUUGCUCUACUCUGCAGAGGUGGAGCUCGUAUGCGACCAGGCGUGGGGCAGCAUGCUGGAGGUGCCCGCUGGCUCGCGCCUCAACUUGACAGGGCUCGGGUAUCUCGCUUGCCAGUCUCACACCGUGAUGGAGAACUACUCGUACAUCUUCUUCUUAAGGAUGGAUGAGAACUACAACAUCCUGCCUCAUGGGGUCAACUUCCAGGACGCCGUCUUCCCAGACACCUUAGAGAACCGCCAUACGUUCUCCAGCUUGUUCCAGUUCUCUAACUGUUCCCAGAGCCAACCCCUCCAGACCUUCAGUCCUGAAUGGGACCCCCAGGAAGACAGCCGGCUCCUGUGCUCCUCGGUGCAGGGGGCUCUGUUUGAGGAGGAGGAGAAGAGCAAAAAGCUACAAGAGCGCCUGGCCCAACUGGAGAGGAGGAACAGGCAGCUGAAAGAGCGCGUCCGGAAGGUGAAGCGCUCCCUCCGGAACGCCAGGAAGAGCCAGCGUGCGGCGGAGCAGGAGAAGCAGGCACUGGAGGAGAGACUGAGGGCAGCAGAGAGGCGAGCUGGGCACCACCUCAACACCAUCGCGCAGGAGGGCACGCCCACCAGAUACGCGCAGGCCGUGUUGCGCCGCACGCCACACAAACCGCUUUAGCCUGGACUAGACGCUGUUGAAGGCUGCUGGGCAGUCGUUCUAAGUCAUGUUGUUCACACACACACUCAGACAUACACUUAUAGACAUAUGCAAUUAUAUAUAUAUAUAUACACACACAUACACACACACACACACACAAAGAUGAAAGCUGUGCUCAUUUCAUAUUCAUCCAUAAAUGCUGUAGUUCCUACACAUGCUAUAUAAAGAGGGCAUACAGAAACACUCGAAUAUCAUAGGGGAUUUCCACGAGUGAAUUAAUACAGAGAAUGACAGAAAGAAUGAGAGAGAUUGUUUAAUAUGGGCCCUCAUCCUGGCCAACCGCUGACGGAAAGACGGAUGAAAAAAGCCUAGAGGUGACGGAUGAGUGAAUGAAUGAAGUGAAUGGAGGAGAGGAAGUGAGAUUGUUCAGUUUGCUAGAUGUGUCAGUGGGCAAUAGAGCCGUGUAUUUUCUGUUGAUGUCUGAGCGUCAGUGCUACCAAAGAGUGUGUCCGUUGCUAUUAUUUUUUUAUAUGAAUGUAUUACUGAAGCUGCAUAUAAACUCCAA